ACUCCCGGUUGUCUCUCGCUUCUCCCCCGCUCCUCCGGGACUCGCCGUGUCCGUGUCCGCGAGCCUCUGAGCGGACUGAAGAGUCCCCGGAUGCCUCUACGAUCCAGAAACACUCCGUUCACUUGACCAAGCGGAGCCAUGGCUGAGUCCGGCUCCUCGCGUCCCCAGAGGAAGACGUCCACGGCGGGGGAGAGCGUCUACAAGGUUCUGGGUCUGGAGAAGGGAGCGUCCGCAGAGGACAUCAAGAGAGCCUACAGGAAACUGGCCCUGAAGUACCACCCGGACAAGAACCCGGACGACCCGGAGGCGGCGGAGAAAUUCAAGGAGAUCAACAACGCCAACUCCAUCCUGAACGACGAGAACAAGAGGAAGAUCUACGACCAGUACGGCUCCAUGGGGCUCUACGUCUCCGAGCAGUUCGGAGAGGACAGCGUCAAGUACUACUUCCUGAUGAGCAGGUGGUGGUUCAAGACCCUGGUGCUGUGCUGCACCCUGUUCAGCUGCUGCUGCUGUUGCUGCUGCUGCUGCUUCUGCUGUGGGCGGUGUAAACCCCCUGAGGACGAGGACAACUACCAGUACGUCAACCCCGAGGACCUGGAGGAGCAGAUCAGGGAGCAGGAUGGAGGAAAGUGACGGAGCAGCAGCAGCAGGAUCUCCAGACACCGCCCGGACCUCCCAUCACCAGUCCCCACCCUGACCCCUGACCCCUGACCCCUCCGGAGCCCCGCCUCGCCCACCAGCAGCUCCGCCCGUCGGGCCCCCCGAUGGUUGAGGUGAGGGGGCGGGGCUUCACAGCAGGACCCGCCCCCUCCCUUUAACACUGGAGCCGUUGGUGAUGCGUUCAGGGUCGCUGGGAUUUGGAGACGUCGUCCUUCAUUAGAGUUGGACGGACUUCCUGGGUAACUCUGUGUGUUGGGCUGGGAGUGUGGAGGUCCCCGGUUCGAACCCCCACUGCGUCUGGAAGGAAUCCAACCCCAGCCUGACUUCAGCCGCUGCCACUAGUCACUCGGUACUAGUUACUAGUUACUAGUUGCUAGUUACCAGUAGUCUUGACGUUCUGUACAGAUGGUUUCCUGUUUGUGUGGAACUGGGAUGUCAGAGUUACCCUGAACGCAUCAUGAGUGAACUCCUUCAGGGGUGCAAACAUUUGACCUCUGACCUUCUGACAUGCAUGAAACCACCUGCAGCUGCAUGAGAACGAUUUCCAAAAAACCAGCUCCACCCAACUGCAACCAACUGCACCCGACUGCAGCCGACUCCACCCGACUGCAACCAACUGCACCCGACUGCAGCCGACUCCACCCGACUGCAACCAACUGCACCCGACUGCAACCAACUGCACCCGACUGCAGCCGACUCCACCCGACUGCAACCAACUGCACCCGACUGCAGCCGACUCCACCCGACUGCAACCAACUGCAGCCGACUCCACCCGACUCCACCCGACUGCAACCAACUGCACCCGACUGCAGCCGACUCCACCCGACUGCAGCCGACUCCACCCGACUGCAGCCGACUCCACCCCACUGCAACCAACUGCAGCCGACUCCACCCGACUGCAACCAACUGCACCCGACUGCAGCCGACUCCACCCGACUGCAGCCGACUCCACCCGACUGCAGCCGACUCCACCCGACUGCAACCAACUGCAGCCGACUCCACCCGACUGCAACCAACUGCACCCGACUGCAGCUGACUCCACCCGACUGCAACCAACUGCAACCAACUGCAGCCAACUCCACCCGACUGCAACCAACUGCACCCGGCUGCAGCCAACUCCACCCGACUGCAACCAACUGCAACCAACUGCAGCCAACUCCACCCGACUGCAACCAACUGCACCCGACAGCAGCCGACUCCACCUGAUUGCACCCAGCUCCACCUGACUGCAGCCGACUCCACCCGACUGCAGCCGACUCCACCCGACUGCAGCCGACUCCACCCGACUGCAGCCGACUCCACCCGACUGCAACCAACUGCACCCGACUGCAACCAACUCCACCCGACUGCACCAAGCUCCACCCGACUUCAACCAACUGUACCCAACUCCACCCUACUGCACCCAGCCCCAUCCGACUGCAACCAGCUCCACCUGACUGCAAUCAAAUUCACCCAACUACAACCAACUCCACCUGUCUGCAGCUGACUCCACCCAACUGCAAUCAUUUCCAGCCAGCUCCACCCGACUGCAACCAGCUCCACUUGACCGCAACCAACUCCACCUGGUCAUCUUCAUACCAAGAUGAGAACUGAAGUUUAAAGGUGGAGUCUGGGACCCGAUCCAGACCAACGGGGUUCUGAUUUACACGCCUCAUCAGACGGAACCUGGACCGUUCAGGAACCCUAGAACCAGAGUCGGUCUGGAGAACCAGCAUCGCGGAUUCAUCCUGGUCUUUAAAGUUCAAAGUGAAGCUUUGACGUUCUGAAAGUCUCUGAUCUCGGUUCUGUUUUCUGAACUUGGUGUUCUCCAGUAGGACGCUUCUCCGUGGUUUCUCUUUGAGAACGAGGCUGGUUCUGCUGAAAGUGUCAAAAACCUUAUUUAUUCUUUUUUAUUGUUCCGAAGCCAACUGGGCGGGUUUAGUUUGUGUUCCGUCAGAGGAAGCCUGCUAGCUGCUAGCACCUACCUGCUAGCUGUUAGCCUGCUAGCUGUUAGCCGCUAGCAUGCUCGGAGUUCACUGCAGACUUUUUGGACAAUCGAACAACAGAGACGAAGAACAUGAAGGAAGCGUCUUCUUCUGUGGUUCCGGAGGUUUGCCGUUCUGUCGUGGUUCCUGUGGACGAAGUGGAAAUGAUGG